CGUACGCGCCCGGUGGGUGCGUACAUGUAUCACGAUGAAGCACCAGUCUAUCUCCCGGUGGCUGAGCCAGCUGGGGCUGCCGCAGUACUUCAUCGCGCUGGAGCAGGAAUACGAUGGCGUGGAGGACCUGCUCCACCUGUCGGAGUACGACCUCCUGGAGCUCGGAGUGUACAAUCACCUGCACCGCCUGCACCUCCUCACUUCCCUACGCCUCCUCCAGGAGCGAGAGAGGAGGAGAGAGCUGAGGAUGAUGGCAGAGGGGCGCUUCGCGAGUCUGCCCCGGUCCCUCCAUGCACAUCAUCGCGCCCUGGACGGAGGCAGCGCCCACCCCGCCGUCCCCUCCCCGCCGUCCCUCGCUGUCCCCAGCGGCGGCGGCGGCGGCGGCACCUACUCCUCCAGGAGGCUCCAGGCGUCCCUCGCCUCCUCCAUGGACCUGCUCAGCUCCAGACCCGGUCUCCCUCUGGCGCAGGGCACCGGCCUCUCAGAUCUUCCCGCUGCCGCCUACCACCCGAUCUCCAUUCACGGGACCCUGCCCCGGCGCAAGAGGGGCGGUAACAACCUCGCCCUCGGGAACUACACCUGGGACCCCAGGGCCAAUCGCACGCAGCCGUCGGUGGGCGGGAACACGGCGCUGGCCCCCGGCCACGCCCACCCACCUCUGACCUCUCCGCUGGUCCAGAAUAUCAUCGACGACUUUUACGGCUACAGGGAGCCUGCGGCCGGCCUGGACGCCACGGUGGACUACGUCAAGUUCUCCAGGGACCAGUUCAUUCUGGACUGUCCCUCAGAGAAACACCGCCGGGAGCUGGAGGAGGAGCUGAAGAUGAACUGUGAGGAGCCGAGGAGCCAUGCGUGGUACCACGGAGCGAUACCCAGACAGGUCGCAGAAAACCUGGUGCAGCGCGACGGAGAUUUCCUGAUCCGUGACUCGCUGUCCAUCCCGGGGAGUUACGUCCUGACCUGCCAGUGGCGAAACGCAGCGCAGCACUUUAAAAUCAACAAGAAGGUAGUGAUGCUGAACGAGGCCUACUCCCGAGUGGAGUACCGGCUGGAGAGAGAAGGCUUCGACAACGUCCCGGCACUUAUCAGAUUCUACGUCGGCAACAGGAAACCUGUCUCACAGGUGGUGGGAGCCAUCAUCUUCCAGCCGGUCAACAGAGGCCUGCCGCUCCGCUGCCUGGAGGAGAAGUACGGCCUGUCCAGCACCCACCGGGACGCGCUCAUGGCGCAGGAGAGGCGGAGCCAGAAGCGCCUGAGCCUCAACAUCACCAACGGACACGCCGCGCACGACGGCGCGCACGCCGCGCACGACGGCACGCGCUGCCACGACAACGGGAUGAGCCGAGGCAACCAGCUGAGGCCGAAGGACCGAUGCGGCAGCCAACCGGCGAGUCUCAACCAGGCGCAGGAGCGGCGGCGCCCGCUGAAGGCGCACCAAUCAGAGAGCUUCUUACCUCUGGGAUCCAAAUCCCAGCAGCAGCAGCCUCCUGACCCGCUGCUCUCCAGCCCCAAGUCCCCGGUGUUCCGGACGGGCAGCGAGCCGCUGCUGAGCCCCUCCUUCCCCCGGAGGUCGGCGGAGCCCCCGGCAGGCCAGGCGAUCCGGGGCUCCGACAGCCAGCUGUGUCCCAGGCCGCCUCCCAAACCCAGCAAGGUGCCGCUGGCCCGGCUGCCUCGCUCCCCCUGCCUCCAGCCCCUGGCCCCCGCCCCCUGCGCCUCCUCCCACCACACGGCCUCCUCCUCGGCCUUCGCUGCUCCCGCCCUGGAGCCCACGUGCGCGGAGACCCCUUCUCCUUUGUGGAGGGGUGGAGGAGCUCCUCCCGUUCCUCCGGUGAAGCCCCUGAAGUUUCCCCACCAGCUCGACUCCCACUGCUCCUCCACUUCUGCACUGUCGCCCCCCGAGACCCUCCGGUACCCCGACCCCGAGGCGACGGGGGGACGCACCGAGUGGCCGCAGCCGAGCCCCGCGGACCUGAGGUGCUGCAGCCCGCCGCAGUGGGAGGAGACGAGCCCCGUCGCGGACGACGCCUUCGGGCCGCCGCCGCCGUCCGGCAGCCACGUGGAGCGGCUGCGGCGGGAGGGCGAGAGAGACGGGGAGGAGGCGGGGGGGCGGAGGGGGCUGGACAGGAGCUCCUACCAUCACGCCAUCGCUGCCCUGGAAAACACCAGCGAGGAGGAGGAGGAGGACGCGAGGAGGGAGGAGGACGAGAGGAGGAGGAGGGCCAGAGGGCGGAGCGGCUUCCAGCGGCCGCUCGUCGAGACCGAGUCGAUGUUCCGGCCGGCGGAGUUCGGGUCUCGACUCCUGCCGCCGGAGAACAAACCGCUGGAGAUGGCGGUGCUGAAGAGAGCGAAGGAGCUGCUGCUCGGCCACGACCACCACAGCAUCGCAAGGCACCUGCUGGUCGCCGACUGCCAGGUUGCCAGGAUACUCGGAGUGACUCCGGGUCUCAAAGGUCAGAUGGGCGUGUCCUCCGGCCUGGAGCUGGUGACGCUGCCGCACGGCCGUCAGCUGAGGCUGGACCUCAUGGAAAGACACCACACCAUGGCGAUAGGCGUCGCCGUGGACAUCCUGGGGUGUACCGGCAGCGUGGAGGAGCGGGCGUCCACGUUGAACCGCAUCAUCCUCGUCGCCGUGGAGCUGAAGGACACGGUGGGCGACCUGUUCGCCCUCACGGCGCUGAUGAAAGCCCUGGACCUGCCGCAGAUCAGCCGUUUGGAGGAAACGUGGACGACUCUGCGGCGGAACUACACGCAGACCGCCAUCAGCUACGAGAAAACACUCAAACCUUUCUACAAGAACCUGUAUGAGGGCACAGCCUCGCCCCCUGCCGUGGUCUGCGUGCCCCUCCUGCUGCCGCUCCUCACGCUGAUGGAGCGUCCGUCGGUCGCGCCCGAGGGGGCGGAGCUCUGGGAGACCAGCGACCAGGGCUGCGACAUCAUGCUGCGCCACCUGGAGGCCGCGCGCGACGUCGCACACAACGCGCAGCGCUUCACCGCCAACGCACAGGCGGUCGUGCAAGGGUUCCAGACGGACGACGACCUGCUGGAGGUGUUUAAGACGGACUUUCACCUGCGGCUGCUGUGGGGAAGCCGCGGGGCUUCGGUCAACCAAUCGGAUCGCUUCAGCAAGUUCAACCUCAUCCUCACCGCGUUGUCCCGGAAACUGGAGCCGCCGCCGCCCAAAACUCAAACGUUGAUCUGACUGCGGCCUUUCGAAUGCCUCUUCGUCUAAUUCAUCCAGAUGAAUACCUGCUUCUCUCCAGAGUUUUCUUUUUUUUAAAUGAAUCAAUGAACCUUUCUCAAGCACAUCGUCCAACCCGUGGGAGGCGUCGGGCCCCCGCGCCGCUGCUCCGGUCGUGUUUUGGUUUUUACUGGACUCAAUGUUCACACAACCGUGAUGAAUUAUAAACUGUCUGAAAGGGCCCAGUCUCCUGAUUCCACCGUACAAAGCAAAUCACCGCAACGGCCGUCGGGUCUCAAGUGUUUCCCACAGGCCUCAUAUUCCCCCUUUAAUGGAUAUGAAGAUUACUUUAGAAAAAGGCGAGAACGCUUUCUGUACAUUUCUGUAACUCGCCGACACGUUUUUCGGUCAGCGAGCUUUCGUCAGAGCGACACAUCUGGUUUCCUGAUCUAGGGCCGACGAGCAGCCGUACAGCUACCUGCAGGUUCGGAGGAGCCACUGGUGUUAUUGAUAUUCAACACGAACACCUGUAUGUUUAUCAUAAAACACAGUAAACACAGUUGUGUCCCAUGAUAUUUAAUGAUAUGUAAAUCUUUACUCACCUUGAUUAUGGUGAAGGACGAGGUCACGUGAUUCCUCAGUGUUGUGGUGAUGAAAAACAAAACAAUGAUAGUUCUUAAAGAAGCAAUAUUUGUGUUAGAGAGACUCUGAUUGGCAAAUAACUAGUUUUCCUCUGACAUCCCAGUUAAUAGAAAAUUGAUUUCUUUGACAAGAAAAAAGGAGGCAAACAGCCAAUGAAUCUACAUCUUUGAAGAAGAAGAAGAAGGAGAGUCAAGUUUAACCCAGAAAAAUAAAUAGAAAUAAAACAGUUAAUAAAAGCAGAACGAGAGAGAGAUGAGGAAUAUAGCUACAGUACAAAGUCAACACCUGUGCGUAAAGUCUUGAUGGAUAUACACUAAUGUUAAACUCUUCACAUCUGGAGAACAUCAACGUCGGCUGCAUUUAUCUUUGUGACACAAAGAUAAAAAAAAAACCAACAGAAACUCCCGAUCAGUUUGUUGCUGGUUUAACAAGCGGGGAGAAUAAUGAGAUUAAAACGCAUUUUUAAUAUUAGUAGUGAAGCAUUUUGCUUUGAGUCGGCGAUGACAAAGAGAAUCUCCUUUUCUUCAUUUACACUGGAGCAGAAAAUAAAAAUCCAAACUUUCUGUACAUGUGAAAACAUUACUACAAAUGUUUUUAUUAUUUUUUCCCCGUAUGAAUUUGUAGUUACACACAAAUAUCUGAGGAAUUUCAAAAUAUGACUUUUUCCAUAACUCCCCCGAGAUCUGAUUUAAAAAAAACUCAACAUGUGAAUAGCGUGAGACUGUAAAUAUUUGGAGCGUUAGCAUGUUAAUAAUAGACUGUACAUAUUUUCUGCGGAAGUCUGAUUGUAAAAAAAACUGUUAUUGAAUUCUAAUGUUUAUAUUAUUAUGAACUAAGGAGGUUAAGAUUUAAUAAAUGAGAUUUAUGAUCUCAUCUGUGGA